AUGGGAGUGCUCAUGUCAAAGAAGCAGCAGUUGGAGAAGGUACAGAAAUGCAACGCUGUCGUCUCAGCCUUCCAGUCGGGCAUUAAGGAUCGCCCUGCUCCAUCCAAACAGGCAGACGGAGAAAUAGAGGAAGACGAAGCACCUGCUAAAAGUUCUGCCAGUCCUGAAGAGAAGAACACUGAGGUCGCAGAUGAAGGGGAAACAGACAACAGCGCAGGCCCAUCGACCUCCCAGCAGGCCUCAACGUCAGCGAAGGACGAGUGUAAGAUCAACCAGGAAGCUUGGUCAAGGUUACGGGAUGGGAAAGGAGUGGAGCCUGAAGACCUUGACAAGAGCCAUCAGCUCACACCACCUGCUUUUGUGCGGCCCAAGAGGGAAGCUGAUGAUGAUCAGCCAUUGGAAGUGGAACUUGAAAAGAAAGAGCAGCCACCGAGCGAUGAGAUGUGUGACGUGUGUGAGGUGUGGACGGCCGAUGACCUGUACCCCUGCAGGAUCUGCACUCGGGUGUUCCAUGAUGGCUGCCUGAGGGAAUUGGGCUACCUACGUGCUGAGGCCUUGCAGGAGAUGAGAGAUACAGCCCACACUGUCACUGGCUGGAGUUGCUACUAUUGUGAUAAUCUGAACCUACUCCUGACAGAGGAAGAGCUGUACAGCCUUAUGGAGACAUUCAAGCAGUGCAAGAUCAUCCCAGAGUCAUGCCUGGUGUCAGAUGAGCUGCUGCAGUACCACCACUUUGUAUCCAAGCAGCAGUUUGAUAAGGACCUGACUGAUGAGCAAGAGGAAGAAGUCCUAGCCCAGUUUGCAGCCCUGGAUCCUGAGAAGAAGGGUCACAUUGAAUGGUCAGACUUCCUCUACUUUGAGUCUCUGGCAGUUCUGAGGAAGUUCCGUACUGAGAAUUCACUGGUGCGCCUUUUGACUGCCAAGGAAAGAAAUAACGCACGGUCAGUGUUCCUGGGUCUGAACUUGGAUAAAGACGGUACGAUCACAAGAGCGGAAUACCGCCAGGCUCAGCAGUCCUGGUUCCACAAGCUCAACAAAGACUCGCAGUCAUGCAAUGUGAGUAUAAGUCAUGUUGGCCCUAUAUGUGAGAGCAGCCCAGCAAGCUCUGGCAGUGAAAGGAGCAAGACUGAAGACAGGCCGGUGACCUGGGCAGACUUUUUAAAGGAGAGUGCCAUCUACAUUUUGGCUUCGCGGCCCAAUAGUUCUGCCAUGCACAUCCGUCUGCCUCUAUAG